CCCAACCCCAAAUGCGCCUCUCGAUGAUCCAGAGUGACCCGACUCUCCACAACCACCAUGCCCAAAUCACCAGCAGAGAUUCUUCUCGAGAAAGCUGAUAAGAAAUCAAAUUCUUCGACUGGAUGGUUUUCUUCUUCAUCAACUAAAUGGGAGGAAGCAGGGGACCUAUACCAACAAGCUGCCAACUCUUUCCGGCUCGAGAAGCAAUUCAAGGCGGCUGGCGACGCAUUUUCAAGAGAAGCAGAGUGCAGAGAAAAGUGCAACGAAACCAAUGAUGCAGCAAAUGCUUGGUGGAAUGCUGCCAAGGCAUACAAGAAAGAUGACCCUCAAUUGGCGAUUCAGGCUUUAGGUUGCACGAUUAUGCAUCUCACCAAGUCGGGCAGGUUCCGCCAGGCAGCUGACAGAGAGAAGGAGAUUGGCCAGAUCUAUCAACACGAAUUGAGUAACGUCGCGAAGGCAUGUGAGAGCUUCCAGCGAGCCGCCGAGUGGUAUGACCAGGAGGAAGCUGCUGCAACGGCUAGCGCGUGUCGUAAGGAUGCAGCAGACCUCUGUGCUGAAAUUGAAGACUACAAAGGGGCUAUACAGCUUUAUGAGAUGGUCGCAAGUUACGCGCUGAAGUCGAACCUGACAAAGUAUAGCGUGAAAGAUUACUGGUUGCGUUCGGGCCUUUGUGCACUCGCCAUGAAAGAUGUUGGGAAAGCACAGCGGGACAUCGAAGUGUUCAAGUCGAAAGAUGUUACAUUCAGCUCAACUCGGGAAUGCAAGUUCCUAGAAGACAUGUGUGCGCUUGUAACGGAUGGCGAUGAACCAGCCUUUACGACAGCAGUGUUCGAGUAUGACCAGGUCACGAAGUUGGAUAAUUGGAAGACAGGAAUAUUGUUGAAGAUCAAGAGGUCACUCAAGGAUGAGGUGGAUAUUCUCUGAUGGGAUGCCACUCACGUCUCACCUGUAUUUCUAUGCGUACGUCUGACGGUUCACAUUCACAUUAAUAGUUUAGAUUGGGCCGAUUAUAUUGACAUGGAUAUCAUGCACGGGGCGAACCACAAGUAAUUAUAUACGUCCACGUCGCACGUGCUGUGACACAUCGCGCAGCUAUGGAACGGGAAGCUGCGGGUAGACCCGUGACCAGUCUGUAUGUAUAUGAAGCCGCAGCCGUCGAUAAUAGACAGAUUGAAUCUGGGUUUGGAUUUGAAUAUGUGAUUUGGCC